AUGAACACCAUGGCCAUUAUUCCCCGUCUCUUACUCAUGACUGCCAGUACCCUCCCCUCCCGGUCCCGUUUCUACCCUGGGAUAACUCGGAAUAUCGGUGCUUCUCGUACCCACGCAAACGCCUUCGGCACUCGUGGGACCGCGUUUGUAGUGACGCGCGAGCUGGCGCAUAAGGUCGCUGUACAUCCAGUAUUAGAGACUACGAUGUUGGUGAAGCAGCCAACUGCAGUGACCAUUAGGGUUGAUACUAGUGUAGGUAUUCCGAGGCUGGUGGUAUCUAUGGCCCCGGUGAAGAAGACGCUCAAAGAGGAAAGUAAUGGGAUUUUCGCCGUAAACGACUGUCUCCUUUUAGAUGAGGGUAGGCAGGGAUCCGUGAAUAUUGUAGUAGCCUCAGCUUACCUAUGUCGUGCGGUACCGGAAUGUGCCCCCCGCCUCCUCCUCAUAUCCACCAACACCGUCCGUUCCCAUCUCGGCGCGCGGAUCACCCGGACCCAAACUUCCCGCGACCACGCCAGCUACCUCGAUGUGCCCGCCGGCGUCCGCGGGCUCGCGUUUGUCACGAAGCGCGAAGUAGGGCAUCGGGCCACUCCGAUAGUGCUCCACAACAUGUCACGCACGGCGGUGCCGCUAGCGACGACACACCGACCCUCCUUCUUCAUGCCCGUACCAUUGCCGAAGCUGGAGACAUCGCCGCGGUCAGUAGCGGGUAGUGCGAUGCUAGGGCCGCGGCCAGCAGUGAUUCGGGUUGAUACAAAUAUGGGGGCCACGAGGCCGGCGGUGCCUGUAGCGCCGGUGAAGAGGCCGACGUUUAAAGACGGCAGUAGUAGUGGGAAGAGUAUUGGUGGGAUGGGGCGGGUUUUGGGGUGUUUUGUCGGUGGUUGA